UGAAAAGCCCCCGUAGAAGCGCUGUGAGAGAUAGAGAGUUCUUCCCAUCACAAUUAAAACCUUAUCUUUCACCAUUCUUCUAUCUCUCUUUCGGAGCACUCUCCGACUCUCAGCCGCUCCCCCCACAGUUUCCUGUCAAACACAGGACGUUGUGGAUUAAUUUUCCCCAACGGAGCUCCAUUGAAUUCUUUCGUUCUCCAUUUUCAAUUUCACAACAAACACACACAACUCGCCUCGAUGGAAUCGAAGGACUUAUCUCAACAACCGUCGCUGCAGAACUCUGCCUUCUCAGGUUCUUCUUCGACUUACUCCUCGUCCUUUUCGUCUUCUUCCGUUGAUUCCAAUGUCGAUAUGCCCUCCCGAGAAAUGGAGGUUAGUGAAAUUAAAACUAGUGUUGGUGGCGAUGGGGAUGGUAGUGAUGGUGGUGGCUCGGAAACUGAAGGGUUUCUGAGUGGGGAGGAGGAAUUUGAAUCUGCUUUUGAUAGACCUAUUCUGGAGUAUCCAGGGGAAGAAUCCUUCGGAAAUUCCAUCAAAGGGGGUGAUAGUGGUAGUUCUUUUGUGAGUUGUUCCGAAUUUUCGGCUCCCGAAAGUGUUAGGCCAAUUGCGAAGAUUUCUGUUGAUAGUGACGUCGAGGAGGAGGAUGAUGGGCUCCAGGUGGAUGAAAGCCUGGGGAGGAAUGAGGAAAUGGAUGAUAAAGUGGAUGGAGAAGAUUUUGUUGAUAGUAAGGGUAAUGAAAUUGAGAUUCCAGUUGAAAAGGAGGAGGCUCUCGUAUCUGGCGGAAAUGCGGAUGUGAGUGAUGUGGUGAAUGAAGGGGAUGCUAGUCAAGUUUACGAAAGAACGUUUGAGUUGUCGGGGAACACAAAGGAUAGUGACGUGCCUGAAAGUUCAAUAGCUGAGGAUGUUGGCUCUGUGUUCGAGGAAACUGCUAAUGUUGGGAAGCAGGUGUCAGAGGAGGAUGAAUUGAACGAUGUGACAGUCGAACAGCAACGAAAUGAGGCUUCAAAAGGAGGAAAAGAAGCAGAGUUGAAUAAAGAAAGUCCGAUGACUGAGAAGCAGGCUGAUGAAGGAAUUGGCUUAAAUGAGAAGGUGGUUGCUGAAGUUGUAGAACAAUUAAAACAACAGGAAUCUCCUGGUUCUUCUUCUGAUGACAAAGCUGAUUUGGGAGACCAAGCAAGCUCUAAGCUUUCAAAACUAGCAGAUGGUAAACAAGAAGCAGAAACGGAAAAAGGAAGUCUCUUGGCUGAGAACCAGGCAGAUGGGGAGGUCGAAUUGAAUGACAAGGUGGCUGCUGAAGACGGAGAGCAAUUAAAAAAUUUGGAAACUGGUUCUCCUAUUGACGACAAAGCUGUUCUGGGCGAUGACGAAAUCUCCAAGUUUAUAAAACUAGCAGAUGGAGGACAAGAAGUAGAAAUCGAUAAAGGAAGUCCUGUGGCUGAGACGCAAGCAGAUGGGAAGAUUAUAUUGAAUGACAUGGAGGAUGCUGAAGAUGGAGAACAGUUACCCAAAUUGGAAUCUGGUUCUUCUGUUGACAGUAAAGACGACCAGGAUGAUCAAGCAAACUCCAAGGUUGCAGAGCUAGAAAACUCUGAGUUUUUAGAACUAGCAGAUGGGGGAGAAGAAGCAGAAAUGGAUAAAGGAAGUUCUGUGGCCGAGAUGCAAGCAGAUAGGAAGAUUAUAUUGAAUGAGAUGGAGGAUGCUGAAGAUGGAGAACGGUUACCCAAAUUGGAAUCUGGUUCUUCUGUUGACAGUAAGGCUGACCAGGAUGAUCAAGCAAACUCCAAGGUUGCAGAGCUAGAAAACUCCAAGUUUUUAGAACUAGCAGAUGGGGGAAAAGAAGCAGAAGUGGAUAAAGGAAGUCCUGUGGCAGAGAUUCAAGCAGAUGGGGAGAUUAUAAGGAAUGACAAGGAGGAUGCUGAAGAUGGAGAACAGUUUCCCAAAUUGGAACCUGGUUCUUCUGUUGACAGCAAAGCUGACCAGGAUGAUCAAGCAAACUCCAAGGUUGCAGAGCUAGCAGAUGAAUUUACUGAUUCAGUUUUAGAUAACAAAAUCAUGCAUGAAAGUUCAUUGGUAUCAGUAACAGCUGCUGUCGGUAAUCCGGAGGAAAUAAAGGAUGUAGGAAAUAGGGAGACUGCGGAUUUGGUACAUGGAGCUGCCAAAUUGGAUAAUGGGUUUGAUAAUGUUGGGCAUGAAACGGAUGAUUCUGUUGACCAUAAUUCUUUGGUUUCGAACCCUGAGAUUGACAAUAACAUGCUGGAAGUCAGUAUUGCAGUUGCAGCAGAAGAAGCUGUGUCUCAUGGAGACAGAGAAAUUGCGGCUUCUGAUAUUGCAAAAAAUGAAAAUCUUGCGGCUAUGGAUGUAGAAGAUCAGCAGCCUGAUGAAAAAGACUCUAAAUAUGAUUCUAAAAUAAGAGAGGAUUUUCCUGGUGAAGUUGAACCUAAACCAUCUCAGGAGGCUAGGUCUUUGGUUAAAGAAAGCAUCCCUGAUAAUGCUUCAGUGAUAGAUAGUGGAAUUUCUGAUGCUCCCAAGGCACUUAAACCAGUUUUGAAUGAAGUAGAUGGGGAAAAGCAUCCUUUAGAUGAAGAGGGUGAUAUUGAGGGUUCCGUUACAGAUGGAGAGACUGAAGGUGAGAUAUUUGGUAGUUCUGAAGCUGCUAGAGAAUUCAUGGAGGAGUUGGAAAGAGCCUCAGGAGCUGGUUUCCAUUCUGGUGCAGAGAGUUCUAUUGAUCAAUCACAGAGAAUAGAUGGUCAGAUUGUCACAGACUCGGAUGAAGCAGACUCGGACGAAGAAGCUGAUGGAAAGGAGUUGUUUGAUUCUGCUGCUUUGGCAGCACUUCUGAAAGCAGCUAGAGAUGCUGGCUCAGAUGGUGGCCCUAUCACUGUGACAUCUCAGGAUGGCUCCCGGCUUUUUUCCAUUGAACGUCCUGCUGGUCUUGGCUCCUCGCUUGUAACUGGAAAAAAUGCUUCCCGCCCAAGCCGCCCUCUCUCUUUUGCCCCAGCAAAUCCUAGAGUGGGGGAUGAUUCUGAAAAUAAAUUGAGCGAAGAGGAGAAAAGUAAACUACAAAAGUUACAGCAGAAAAGGGUGAACUUUUUAAGGCUUGUUCAGAGACUAGGUGUUUCUCCGGAUGAUUCAUUAGUCGCACAGGUUUUAUAUCGUUUUGGGCUUGUAGCUGGUAGGUCUACUGGUCAGCUAUUUAGCUUUGAUAAUGCAAAAAAUACUGCUAUGCAGCUUGAAGCGGAAGGAAAGGAAGAUUUAGACUUCUCAUUGAACAUACUUGUUCUUGGGAAAUCGGGUGUAGGAAAGAGUGCAACUAUAAAUUCAAUUUUUGGGGAAGAUAAAACUCCAAUCAAUGCAUUUGGGCCUGGUACAACUUCGGUGAAAGAAAUUAUUGGGACAGUAGAAGGUGUUAAGAUCAGGAUUUUUGAUUCACCUGGUCUUAGAUCCUCUUCAUCUGAGCGUCGUAUCAACCACAGAAUUUUAUCCUCAAUUAAGAAUGUAAUGAAAAAAUUUCCUCCUGAUAUUGUUCUUUAUGUGGACCGGCUGGAUAACCAAACCAGAGAUCUUAAUGAUCUUCUGUUGUUAAGAUCAGUAUCCAGCUAUCUUGGUUCUUCCAUCUGGAAAAAUGCCAUUAUUACUCUUACUCAUGCUGCCUCUGCUCCACCUGAUGGUCCAUCUGGUUCCCCUUUGGGUUAUGAGGUGUUUGUUGCUCAACGGUCUCAUGUUCUUCAGCAAACUGUUGCUCAAGCUGUUGGUGAUCUGCGCAUUCUAAAUCCAACUUUAAUGAAUCCGGUUUCUCUUGUCGAAAAUCAUCCUUCUUGUAGGAAGAAUAGAGAUGGCCAGAAGGUGCUUCCCAAUGGUCAAAGCUGGAGGCCUCAGUUAUUACUUUUAUGUUUCUCUAUUAAAAUCCUGGCCGAAGUAGGAAAUCUUUCAAAAGCUCCAGAGACAUUUGACCACAGGAAGCUUUUUGGUCUCCGUAGCCGUUCACCUCCUCUUCCAUAUUUAUUGUCUGGUUUGUUGCAAUCCCGCACACACCCAAAGCUACCAUCAGAUCAAAAUGGUGAUAAUGGUGAUUCUGAUAUUGAUUUGGCCGACUUGUCUGAUUCUGAUCAAGAAGAGGAGGAAGAUGAGUAUGACCAGCUCCCUCCGUUCAAGCCUCUCAGAAAAUCUCAGGUUUCUAAGCUUAGCAAAGAGCAAAGGAAGGCAUACUUUGAGGAAUAUGAUUAUCGGGUGAAGCUUCUCCAGAAAAAGCAGUGGAAAGAGGAAUUAAAAAGGAUGAGAGAUAUGAAGAAGGGUCAACAACCUACUGUAGAUGAUUAUGGCUACAUGGGGGAAGAUGACCAGGAAAAUGGUGGUCCAGCUGCUGUGCAGGUUCCUUUACCUGACAUGGCCCUCCCUCCUUCUUUUGAUGGUGAUAAUCCAGCUUACAGAUUCCGAUUCUUGGAGCCAACGUCUCAGUUCCUGGCGAGGCCAGUCUUGGACACCCACGGUUGGGAUCAUGACUGUGGAUAUGAUGGUGUGAAUCUUGAACACAGUAUGGCCAUUGUUAGUCGAUUUCCUGCUGCUGUUGCUGUUCAAAUUACCAAGGACAAAAAGGAAUUCAAUAUCCACUUAGAUUCCUCGGUUUCUGCCAAGCAUGGAGAGAAUGGUUCUACCAUGGCAGGUUUUGACAUUCAAAAUAUUGGAAGGCAGCUUGCAUACAUCCUUAGAGGAGAGACAAAAUUCAAAAGUUUCAGAAAAAACAAAACAGCUGCUGGGGUAUCAGUGACAUUCUUGGGAGAGAAUGUAUGCCCAGGAUUUAAAGUUGAAGAUCAGAUUACACUUGGGAAGCGUGUUGUACUGGUUGGUAGCACUGGCACUGUCCGAUCUCAGGGCGAUUCUGCAUUCGGAGCCAAUCUGGAAAUGCGGCUGAGGGAGGCCGACUUUCCAAUCGGACAAGAUCAAUCAUCACUUGGUUUAUCUCUUGUAAAAUGGAGAGGAGACACGGCUUUGGGGGCAAACUUUCAGUCACAGUUUUCUGUUGGACGAAGUUACAAAAUGGCAGUACGUGCAGGAAUCAACAACAAACUAAGUGGACAGAUCUCUGUCAAAACAAGCAGCUCUGACCAACUUCAGAUUGCUCUUCUGGCUCUCCUUCCUGUUGCCAGGGCUAUUUACAACAGCCUACGUCCUGGAGUUGCCGAACAUUACUCAGCCUAUUAGGUUAUGUUUCAUCUUUCUAUAUCUUUCUGUUCAUUCCUGUCGGCAUUGCACUGUAGGUUAUAGAUUGAGCACUUUCUGUUUUAUUAUUUUUGCUGAAUAAGUAAGAUUCUAUUGAUCUAUAAAUUUGAAUCUUCGCUUUCAUGUUGUUUGAUUC